AUGAAAUUCAACAAGUAGGCAAUUGCACUUGCACUUGCAAUUGCAAAUGCCACCGAGGGCGACCACCCACCACCCACAGCACAAACGUGAACGUUUAGCCAGUCAGCAAGUCAGCCAGUCGUAUAGUCGUAUGGUUUAGGCUGUGGAAAAACAUCCGGAGUCCGGAGACCGUGUGUGCAUAUACAUAUUGUAAAUGCAAACGUGCGUGUGGCAGAUCUGAUUUACAUUUCGGAAGCAGAAGCAGCAGUGGCAGGUAACAGAAAACAACGAUACGAUGAGCUGCUUCAGUGCAAUGAACGCCCCGCUGCUGGGUGAAAUGGAGCAGACCAUUGGCAUGCUGGAGCGCGGUACAAUUGUGACGAAGCUGUACGGCAAGCAAAGGCGUCCGGAUCGUCGCCAUCUAAUGCUUAUCAGGGAAACGCGUCAGCUGCUAUGGUCGACAGUGGCCGCCCAAACGCCCCGGACCGACUUUGAGGGUGCGAUACAGCUCCGCGAGAUCCGUGAGAUACGUGUGGGCAAGCACUCGAAGGAGUUCCGGCUCUUCGCCGACGAUUGCCAGCGCUACGAGAACAGCAAAUGCUUUGUCAUCUUGUAUGGCAAUCACUUCAAGCUGAAGAGCUUCUCGGUGGUGGCCCUAUCGGAGAUCGAGGCCGACAAUUGGGUGCGUGGGCUCCGCUAUAUGGUUAAGGACACAGUGAACGCUUCGUAUCCGCUGCAGAUCGAUCGCUGGCUGCGACGCGAAUACUAUCAGAUCGAGAAUGUCAAUUCGCAUUCGGCCAAAUCGUCGGAACAAUCCCAGACGCAGGUGACCAUCAAGGACUUUAAGAUGUUCCUGGCCAGCGUCAGUUGCAAAAUGACCACCAGCAAAUUCAUGGAGUGCUUCACCGACGAUGUCCGACGAAAGCAUGACCUCAAGUUUGAUGACUUUUCGCGUCUCUAUCAGAAGCUCCUACUGCCGCAUAGUUUCGCCAACAUUCUGUGUGGGGGAACAGCCGCAUCGAGUGCCUUUCCCUACUCGGAGGAUCAGCAGACAGUGCGUCCCACAGAGCUGAAGCGUUUUCUGGAAACAGAACAGCGUGAUCUGAACGUGGGCGAGCUCAAUUCCGGGUCCAUAUCCGGCUUCAUACGUGACUUUGUGCAGGAUGUGGAGCGCGAUGUACAGGAACCCUAUCUGACGCUGUCGGAGUUCGUCGACUACCUCUUCUCGAAGCAGAACGACCUGUGGAACAGCAAAUACGAUUCCAUCUUCAUGGACAUGAACAUGCCGCUCUCCUCAUACUGGAUAGCAUCGUCACACAACACCUAUCUGACGGGCGAUCAAUUCUCCAGCGAAUCAUCGUGCGAGGCCUAUGCCCGGGCCCUGCGCAUGGGCUGUCGCUGCAUUGAGCUCGACUGUUGGAAUGGCCCCGAUAACUUACCCUACAUAUUCCAUGGUCACACAAUGACAUCCAAAAUCAAGUUCAUGGAUGUUGUAAAGACCAUCAAGGAUCAUGCCUUCACCACCUCCGAGUAUCCCGUCAUUCUGUCCAUCGAACAGAAUUGCUCUUUAGAGCAGCAACGAAAUAUGGCACAGGCGUUAAUUGAGGUCUUUGGCGAUAUGCUGCUCACGCAGCCAUGUGAUCGGAACGAACAGCAUUUGCCCUCCCCCUACCAGCUCCGCCGCAAGAUAAUUCUAAAGCACAAGAAGCUGCCGCAAUACGAUGAGACGACAUUCAGCGGCGUGGGCAUAAGUAACGGUGGCAUAGCAGCCGCCGCUGCUGGUGGCGGCGGCGGCUCAUCGCUUACCCAUCGAUCAUCGUUGAGCGGUGGCGGUGGCGAAAAUGAGGGUGAAAAUAUGCGCAAGGUAUUCAAAGAGGGGCUGCUGUACUUCAAGGAUCCCGUGGACAAGUCCUGGAAUCUCUAUCAGUUUGUGUUGACCCAACAAGAGCUCAUCUACACCUCUGAAAUCAGUGAAUCACAUCGGAAUGGAACCUCAGAAGAUGACGACUUUGGUCUGUCGUCGUCCUGUUCUUUGAACAACACAAUGCAACAGAAACAGAAGGAUACCUCGGCCAACGAUGAGCUGCAUUUUGGCGAAAACUGGUUUCAUGGCAAAUUGGAAGGUGGCCGCAAAGAAGCCGACGACCUGCUGCAAAAGUAUAAACAUCUUGGUGAUGGAACAUUUUUGGUGCGCGAAUCGGCCACAUUUGUGGGCGACUAUAGCCUCUCGUUUUGGCGUCGGAAUCGACCGAAUCACUGUCGCAUCAAAUUAAAGCACGAGAGCGGCUCCAUCCGCUACUAUUUGGUCGAGAAUUUCAUAUUCGAUUCGCUGUAUUCGCUGAUUGUUUACUAUCGCAAGAAUAUGCUGCGCAGCUCGGAGUUUUCGAUAAUACUUAAAGAGCCAGUGCCGCAGCCGAAGAAGCAUGAGGACCAGGACUGGUUCCAUCCAAACACCACCAAGGAGCAGGCCGAGCAGGGGCUGUUCAAGCUGGAUAUUGGUUCGUUUUUGGUACGCCCCUCUGUGCAGAGCAUCAAUGCUUUUGUCAUUUCGUUCACGAUCAAUCGAAAGAUCAAACACUGUCGGAUUAUCCAAGAGGGACGACUGUAUGCCAUCGAUACGAUGCAGUUUGAGUCGUUGGUGUCGCUCAUCCAUUAUUAUACGAGAAAUCCGUUGUAUCGCAAUGUGAAGCUCUGCCAUCCUGUGUCCCAGGAUCUGCUGCGACAGGCACUGGCGGAGAAUGCACAGCAGGGCACAGAUCACAGCAACGAUGGCAACGGGGCUUCGAAUUAUAUGGGCUCCAAUCUGGAGGAGCAUGUCACCUGCAAGGCUCUGUACAGCUACAAGGCCAACAAACCGGAUGAGCUGUCCUUUCCCAAGCACGCCAUCAUCACGAAUGUCCAAAGAAACAACACCAUGUGGUGGAUAGGGGACUAUGGCGGCAUGAUAAAGAAGCAUUUGCCAGCCAACUACGUAAAGGUGAUUGAUGCCGCCACAGAGGAUUACAAUUCGGUGAAUGAGGAGGGCACUGACGGCCGAACCGAUUCGAUUGAGAUCUAUGGGGCCGUGGCCUCGCUCUUCGAAUCAAAUGAGCCUGGCAUCAUAUUCAAGCUGCAGAUACAAACACCAACGAUGCAAAAUCCGUUUGUGAUCGGGUUUGACAAUCAGGAGACGGCCUACGAGUGGAUAAAGGCCAUCCAGGAGGCGGCCUUAAUCGCUAGUCAACUGGCCACUGAGCGGCGCAAAAAAGAGCGCACGGCGCGCGUGGCCAAGGAAAUGUCCGAUCUGAUAAUAUAUUUCCGGAGUGUACCAUUUCGUGAGCACUCCUGGAUUUUCCAGGAGAUGUCCAGUUUUCCCGAAACGAAGGCCGAAAAGCAGUUCUUCCAACAGAAUACGCAGCUCUUUCUCUCGUAUCAUCGAAACCAAAUCAGUCGGGUGUAUCCCAAGGGGCAGCGCCUGGACUCGUCAAACUUCAAUCCCGUGCCUUUCUGGAAUAUUGGAUCUCAGAUGAUAGCCCUCAACUAUCAGACGGGCGACAAGGCCAUGCAAUUGAAUCAGGCCAAAUUCCGGAAUAAUGGCCAAUGUGGCUAUAUACUGAAGCCGUCGUUCAUGAAGGCCGAAAGUUUCAAUCCAAACAACCCGCUGUCCGAUGGCCUCAAUGAAGUGCGUGUCAGCAUACGCCUGAUAGCGGCACGGCAUCUGUUUCGCGGCGGUAAAUCCAAUAAUCCACAAAUCGUGGUGGAAAUCAUGGGCGCCAGCUUCGAUACUGGGAUCAAAUAUCGCACCAAAGUCAAUGAGAAUGGCUUCAAUCCGGUGUGGAAUGAGGCCUGCGAGUUUACCGUACGCAAUCCACAGUUUGCGAUCCUUCGGUUCGAAGUCCAGGACGAGGAUAUGUUUGCAGAGACACAUUUCAUAGCGCAGGCCUGCUAUCCAUUGACCUGUGUGCGCCAGGGCUAUCGCAGUGUAAUCUUGAGGAACAAAUUCAGCGAGGAACUGGAACUAUCCUCAUUGCUGGUCAACAUAAAGAUAACAAAUAUCACUUCCACUUAGCCAUAGAGUCCUCCUGAAGUACCCCAAAAGUAUCUGAAACGCACGCACCACAACUGAACAAAACUUAAAGGGCAUUCCAUUUGAUAAGUUCUGGAACAAAACCCAUUUGAAAUUUCAAGCAUUCAAGCAUUUAAUGAAAGAGUAGAAGUCUUCUCCACUCUCCCACAUAUUUCUAAAGCGGCAGAGCCCCGUGCAAUAUAUUUUAUUCUAUGUCUACUUACCACAUACUAAAACCAUAGAUAGAUCUACUUUUAUCUGUGUUUUAGUCAAGCAUUUUUCAAGUAUUUUCUAGUUGUACUUUAAGUUAUUGUCUAUGUACCAUUUUCGCCUCUCUGUUUCUAUGUCGUAUGUCUAUUUUUUAACUGGUUAACGAAUGUCUCAUAUGCAUAUCAUAUCAUAUCAUAUCAGAAACAUAUACAUAUACCUACGGUGUACCCGUACAAACCAAACGAAACCCCCUUUACCUAUACUGUUUAAUGUUUUACAUUAUUUUAAUGCCAAAUAAAGAUUUACCGGCGUUAGAUGUGCCUUAACUUUA